UAGCUCAAGAAUCCUCUAACGAGAUCUAUUUCAGUAUUAUAAACACUAUCGGAACAGAAAGAACUUAUGCUAAUUAUUUAUAAUUCCAUAACAGGUUAUUCGGAACAGAAAGAAAUAAAUUAAGUAAAUGGUGGAGUAGCUAGUAGACAAAAAAAGUUGGUUAGCAGCAAACAGGUAGCUCUAUAAUUAGUGAAGGGGUUUUGCUUUGGUCAUGCAUGCAAUAAACUCGUGUGUUCCGUUUCAGUUUUUCAGCUGACUUUUCUUACUUCUUUUUCUAUAAACUCACACCAUUUAUUCUAUAUCUCUGAUUAUUCUCUGCUGUUGUUCCAAAAGCUAGCACUUUUGGCUAUGGAGAGAGUUAUUAUUAUACAAUUUUUCUUACUGAGUAGUAGUACUUGUUUGGCUGUGGGAUUCAAUGUUCCUGCAAUUUUCAUAUUUGGAGACUCCAUAUUUGAUGCUGGUAACAAUCACUACAACAAGAACUGCUCAGCACAAGCUGAUUUUCCACCUUAUGGUUCCAAUUUCUUUCACCAUCCGACCGGUAGAUUCACCAAUGGCCGCACUGUUGCCGACUUCAUUUCUGAAUUUAUUGGAAUACCUCUUCAAAAGCCAUUCCUGGAAGCACAGCUUGAGUUAGUAAAUGGAAGUAGAAAAGAGUAUCCAUCAAAUGGCAUGAACUUUGCUAGUGCUGGUAGUGGAGUUUUACGAGCAACAAAUCAAGAUUUGGGAGUGACCCCAAUUCAAGAUCAACUUCAACAAUUCAAGACCUUAGUCCAGCAAAACCUUAUAAACAAGAAACUAAUCCAAGAAUCACUCUUCUUCUUCGAGUCAGGCUCUAACGACAUUUUCAGCUACUUCUAUCCAUUUGGUGGUCCAACUCUAACCCCAGAUGCAUACGUUCAAUCCAUGUUAUCUGAAGUUACAAAUUUUAUUGAUCAAAUUUCCAAACUCGGGGCUCGUCGAAUCGGUUUAUUUUCGUUAGGCCCUGUUGGUUGUGUACCAGCCAGGACCCUUUUGCCUGGUGCACCAGUUAACAAAUGUUAUGGAAAGAUGAAUAAAAUGGUCAAGAAUUAUAAUAUGGGAUUAGAGAAUUUGGGAAGGACUAUACCAAUCAAGUAUCCUGGUUCUUUUGCUGUUUAUGGAGCUGUGUACAACACUGUUCAGAUUUUCAGAGCUAAUCCUAAACGUUAUGGGUUUUCUGAUGUGACAAAUGCAUGUUGUGGCGAUGGAACACUAGGAGGAUUACUGCAAUGUGGUAAAGAAGGUUACAAGUUAUGUGUAAAGCCCAAUGAAUACUUGUUUUGGGAUUACUUUCAUCCAUCAGAGCAUACUUAUAAACUCAUCUCAAAGGCAUUAUGGAGUGGAAGCCAUUCUCGAAUUCGACCUGUCAAUCUGAAAACACUGGCCAACAUGACCCUUAUUCAGCACUAAGGAAUUAAACUUAUGUUUUGGAAUCUCAAUAUAGAGAGAGUUAGAAUCCUUGUUUUUCAUUUUGAAACUAAUCUUAUGGUGUUUAUAUGUUAUCUUUGUUUUUUUUUUUCCUCAUGUUAUUUCAUGUUUACAUCAAAUAAGCAAAAGAGGGUCAACUCCAUUUCAUAUACUAGUAGUACUACUCCCUCUGUUUCAAAAAGAUAUUCUUAGUUUGAUUUGGUACAAACUUUAAUAAAGAAUGAAA